CUGAUUUCUUUCACUGAAAAUAUUUAUUCACACUAUCUUAUCUGCUUUCUAAGAGGACUCACCGCCAACGAUAACCCCGAACAAGACCUUGCGGACAACAGCGCAACAGCUUGAUUGACAGGUCAGGACCAUAUACAUCACAGCAUUCGCAAAACAUCAGAGCUUAUAAGGAUGGUUGAAUUUAUCCCACCUCCCGAUCCCCGUGACCUUCUGCCUCCGCUGCUAGCAUGUCUUCCAACGGCGUUUGUCUCUCAGAAACCCCCGCCAGCUCUUCUUCCGCUCUUAUCACCCAUUCUACGCCAGAGAGUUCAGAUUCUUAGUUCAGUGUCGACUUCGUCGAGUGAGUCAUGGCUUCGGCUACUAUGCUGGGAUUCAGAAAAGGGUGAGCGCCUCCAAUCUCUGAUCGAUGGUGCGAGCUUCGAGCCUCACCCGGUGUCUGGAGAAAUUGAGCUGCCCGAUGAUAUCCCGGUGACAUACAGAAGGCUGGACGAGGAGACACUCCAAUCACGCGUGCUUAUACCGGAAUAUGAGCUUAAAGUCGUGUAUCUUUGGUGCCCGAAGGAGGAGUCUCCGGGUUGGCGCAUUGCCGAAGUCCUUCCUCACCAAGGUCUGGGAGAAGACGACGGGGUCUGGUCGUCUACUAUCGGGGAUGCGAACACACAUGCGAAGGAGAAGUUGGUAGAGGAUGCGUUGAAAGCAGCGGAGAGGGAUGAUCACAUAGCACCUCAGGAGGAAGACGACGAUGACGAUGACUACUGGGCUCGAUACGAUGCCACACCCGGACGCACUCCUUCAGUGAAGAAUUCUGCUCCGCCUGCGUUGACGUCUAUGCUGCAACACCACGGCCCAUCUGAAUCAUCCUACUUCUCCCAAUAUGACGAUGUGCAGCCUGUGAUGGACAAUCAUGACCCAGAUGAAGAACACCCGGAGCUUGGACCGUCUUCACUUGGUGGAGAUAUACUCACGGAACUUGCCAAACGGAAUACCGACUCAGAGUCUCAUGAACAUAUGAAUCAGACAAACGGAGCGUCAUUAAACCACCCCCGACCGGAAUCCGCGACGUCUUCAAACCCAGAGGCAGUCUCAAGACUCGAGCAGGAAGCUGAGAACCAGUCUGCAUACGAGAUAGGAGUGAAGCAACACAUCGGCUCCAAUAUUAAGAGCUUGUUCCGCCUCGCCAAAGCGACGGGUAUCUCUCGAGCCGAUUUCCAAUCCCUAGUCAAGACCGAGCUGGAUCUCUUGAAUUUGUCUGACGACGACUGACCGAGUAGACAUUCCAACGGUCUGUUUAUCACUGUACAGUUUGGGGCCUUUCAGAUUGGUUCUCAUUGGCGCAUUACUGGAGUGUUUGGAGCAUUGAGGUGCAUUUGGAUAUCCAGCGUGUCCUGAACAUAGUUUUCCUGUCGAAUCCGAUUCCAUGUCCAUAUAUAUAC